CAAAACUGUCAUGGCUUAUUUCUGUGCAGUAGGAUAGAAUAUGUUGUGUUAAUUUAAAGUAAUUAAAACAGAUCAAAACUCUAUUCAUUUACAUUUAAAGACACGAGUGUUAUCACUAUACGUUAACUGUAAGAAAAUAUUAUACCUGUAGUGUUUGAAGGUGUUCUUACUUUUGUUUGUUUCUUCAAGCCACAAAAUGGGAAAAGGUUUUAAUAAUUAUAUGUGUAAAAAGUUUUUCCACCCUGCUUCGAGGGAUAACUUAAAGCGAGUAUGGAUGGCAGAACAGAAAACAGAUGCAUACAAGAAAAAACAAGAGGAAUUAAAAGUACAAUAUGAAAGAGAACAGGAAUUACAUGAAAACAAAGCUUUGUUGAGCAAAGAGAGUAAAGACAAACUCAGUCUCAACUUUAUGUAUGAGCCACCACCUGGUGUCAAAAAGGAGCGUGAAAGAGAAGACAAUGAACCAGAGUACAAGUUUGAGUGGCAGCGGAAAUACAAUGCACCUAGGGAAAGUUACUGCAAGGGUGACAAUGAAAUCAGAGACCAGCCAUUUGGCAUUUUGGUGAGGAAUGUGCGAUGUAUCAAAUGCCACAAAUGGGGUCACAUUAAUACAGAUAAAGAAUGUUCCAUGUACUCCCUAUCAAUGAGCGAGGCCCGUGCACUCCAAGCUUCCACAUCUGCCCCUGAAGAGGAAGAGGAAAAGCCCGACGUUCCAACCUUGAUGCAGCACAUGAGAGACUCUGGGCUGGUCAUGAAGCCCGGAGCUCUGCCUCUUGCUGCCACCAGGAUCGAGGACAAUGAAGGCGGAGCUAAUUUGACUGAAAUGGACUUGAUAAGCCAGUUAACUAAGAAGCAAAAGAAGAAGUUGUUGAAGAAGCUGGAGAAACUUGAGGAGAAGAAACAUAAAAAAUCAAAGAAGGACAAGAAACACAAAAGGAAGUCAAGGGACAGAGAUUGAAUUUUAAAUUCUUUACUUUAGAAUAUAAUUAUCUUUAAAUUUUAUCUUUAAAUUUAACUUAAUUCCCCAUGUAACAUAUUUCUCAGGCUCCGAUUAUUGUAACUCUAUUUUAUAAUAAAAUGUGUUGUAGAAUGAGGCACUUCGAAACAACUGGGGGUCUUUUGAGCCUGUAGCCAUAUGAUAGGCUAAUUCUAAUAAAGGGAGUUAAGAAGAGACUUCCGCGUGUAUCACAGGAAAAUCACGAUUAUAAAACGGCGUUAUUUAAUUGUUUUAAAAAUAUUGCAAGUAACUGCACUAUGUACAUUGCGUGUUUCAGUUUUAAUAUUUAAAUUUAAGCUAUUUACUUAAUAAAUAAUUAAGUACAUA